CCGCGCCCGCGCCGCCGCCGCCGCCGCCGCCGCCGCUUCAGCCCUUUCCCGGGUCCGCACCGCUCUCCGUCGCCAUGGGGCUCCUGGACGCGGGGCCGGACGGUGUCCUGAGCGCGGUAUCCACGGCGCUCAACGACACGGUGGAGUUCUACCGCUGGACCUGGUCCAUCGCAGAUAAGCGCGUGGAGAACUGGCCGCUCAUGCAGUCGCCAUGGCCGACCCUCAGCAUAAGUACGCUUUACCUCCUGUUCGUGUGGCUGGGCCCUAAGUGGAUGAAGGAGCGGGAGCCGUUCCAGAUGCGCCUCGUGCUCAUUGUCUAUAACUUUGGGAUGGUUUUGCUUAACCUCUUCAUCUUCAGAGAGCUGUUCAUGGGAUCAUAUAAUGCAGGAUACAGCUACAUUUGCCAGACUGUGGACUAUUCUAAUGACGUGAAUGAAGUCAGGAUAGCUGCUGCACUGUGGUGGUACUUCGUGUCUAAAGGAGUGGAGUAUUUGGAUACAGUGUUCUUUAUCCUGAGGAAGAAAAACAACCAAGUUUCCUUCUUGCACGUGUAUCACCACUGUACCAUGUUCACUCUGUGGUGGAUUGGAAUUAAGUGGGUUGCAGGAGGACAAGCGUUUUUUGGAGCCCAGAUGAAUUCCUUUAUACAUGUGAUCAUGUAUUCGUACUAUGGCUUAACUGCAUUUGGCCCAUGGAUUCAGAAGUACCUGUGGUGGAAGCGGUACCUGACCAUGCUGCAGCUGGUCCAGUUCCACGUGACCAUCGGGCACACGGCGCUGUCACUCUAUACCGACUGCCCUUUCCCCAAGUGGAUGCACUGGGCCCUGAUUGCCUACGCGAUCAGCUUCAUAUUUCUCUUUCUCAACUUCUACGCACGGACAUACAAUGAGCCUACGAAAGCAAAAACUGGAAAAGCGGCCAUGAAUGGCAUUUCAGCAAAUGGCGUGAGCAAGUCCGAGAGGCAGUCAGUGGUGGAGAACGGAAAGAGCCAGAAAAAUGGAAAGCCGAAGGGAGAGUAAAUGGAGCCGGGCCUUCACUGUUGGUGGCAGUAAGGGAACUCCUACGUCAUAAACAAUUUCAGGGAAAGCAGACGAAGGAAAGGAGGGCUUGGGGUGGGGAGGAAGGCAGAUGUGCUUCACGUACUGGUAACCGUUAGGCUGAGUCAAGUGUUCACUACAGUACCCAGAUGUUGUAUUUAUGAAGUCUUUAUUUUAAACUUUUUUAUUCACCUCAGUGUUGUCCAGACCAAAGCGACCGUAAUGUGACUUUGAAGACUCCUUUUCGUGCCCAUUUGUCUAUCCUGCAAAAGCUGUGUGUAGCUUACGUGCUCCGCCCCUCCUCAGAAGGUCAGAGGGCCACACCUACGUGAGCUCUUCAGUUUUUUUGACCGGAUUACUAAUUACCUUAACUGAUUAAAGUCAGUUACCUUAAAUUUUCUUGUCCAAAGCUGUAAAUGUGGUACAUUAAAAUUUGCACAUUUGAAUUCAUUUGUUGACUGAAUGGUCAAAUCUCUCCACCUCUAGUCAGAAUAUAUACUUUUGGUCUUAAUUAAAUUUUAAAAAAUCUGCUCAUCUCUGUAGAAUCUUAGAGGCUUGAUGAUGAUGGUGUCGGUGAAAAUAGGAAAGAGUUACAUUACAGCUCUGCGUGUGCCCAGGGGCCACGGCUCGCGGCACAGGCCACUGCGGGCGGCGGUUUUUAUGAUGAAAAAUGGCCUUUGUGUGCUAUUUGAAGUGGAAAUGUAUCAUGAAAUUGAAAUUAUUGUCUGAUUAAAACAUGAAGUAACUCACGUCUUUAUUACUUAUGUCAUCAGAUAGUUACAGUUGUGUGCUGUUCAAAGAAAAUACAUUGAUUUUUAUCAGGCGUUCCUUGUUUUAAAUUGUGGCUGAUACUGAUUUUUUUAUAUGUGGAACUAUACCUACCUCUUCUGCUGGGAAGAACAUUUAAAAUUAAAUAAAUUUAAUAAAAAAAUCAAGGAGUUCUCUAAUAUAAAUUUUAAUUUUCACUUUGGAAUGCACUAAUAUUUUUUGGCUUUUUUACAAAUAGCAUACACCAAACAUUUCUGUGAAACUAUCCUUCUCUUUCAACAUGUUUAAUUUUGGGAGUGAUAUUUCCUUUGUAACUAAGUUGCAAAAUUUUAUUUAUUAACUAGAUAAGUGGGUCAGCCCAUUUGGGUACAGUAUGCUUGGCUCCUUGGUGCUAAGGGUCGUUAAAUUCAGUGCUUGAUGUCACAAGGUAUUAAUCAUUCAAUACAAAAUGAAUAAAGGCAUUUUUAUUCAGAACAAUAGAGUCAGAGCAAUCAAGUUGAAGUUGCUAUUUACAAAUGAACUAUUUCCUGUAACGACAAUGAACAACUGGAAGUAAAUAGGGAAAGGGAAUGUGUACCGUGUCUGUUACAUAAGUUAAUAUCUUUGGGAGAUGUCACAGAGGAGUCAGGACAGAAAGAGAGAUGUGACAAAAGCAGCGAGACUGUCUCCAGCUCACACUUUGUCAGAACUGCAUGUGUAGGACGUGUGCUGUUUGUACAAACUACUUCAGAAUAUUUUGUAAACUGUAAAAUAUUUAUUGUGCAUUAAAAUUACGUAUUUUCCUUGAAAGGCAUGCAGUCAUAAGAAUGACCGAAAAUUUGCAACACAUGCAAUAGUUUGACCUGAGAGGAUUCUACGCCUUUAUUUUUGCUCUUCAGCGUGUAAUGACUAGAGAUUUGUCAAUCUUUGUGAACAUUCUGUACUGGAUCCCAAGAGCUCUUCCUUCCCUGUUACCUGAUUUCAGCACAAUAAAUAUACUACUGCUGUGAGAAAA